AUGUCUCGAAACAUCCCAGUUCAGCCCGAAGAGUCGGAGUUCACGUUAUUCCUCUGGGGCGGCGAAGAGAAACUAGAGAGAAGGAAAGCCUUGCUCAAAGCUUUUAUUGGCAAUCCCGUAUUUGACAAGAAGAUUGUGACUCCUCCAUCACUGGCCCGCAAAGAUGCAUGGACACGGGCAGCGUUACAGAGUCGCGAGCUCAUCAGGCUCAAGUUCGAGAACAAUUGGCCUCAUCAGCAUUUCAUGGAAGCAAUCAAACUGACAGACAACAUGCUGCCGGUCCAGCCACAAUUUAGAAUAUUCAUGUCAAAUCUGGAGCGCCAAAUGUCGGACGAACAAAAGAAAAUCUGGAUUCCGAAGGCGGAGCGGUUCGAAAUCUUUGGCUCGUACUGUCAGACUGAGCUGGGCCAUGGAUCAAAUGUCAAAGGCAUCGAAACCACGGCGACAUUUGACUCGGAAACGGACGAGUUCUUGAUCAACUCUCCCACGAUCAGUAGCACCAAGUACUGGAUCGGUGCUACUGGGGUGUGGGCUACACAUGGGAUUGUUGUGGCUCGCUUGAUCAUCAGAGGCAAGGAUUAUGGUAACCAUCUUUUCUUGGUUCAGUUGCGCAACCUUGAUACCCAGGAACUUAUGCCCGGCUGUGAGAUUUAUGAGCUCGGCCCAAAAGCAUUCCAGGGUAUGCUGGGGACCGAUAACGGUGCGCUUCGCUUUCACAAUGUCCGCAUCCCCCGGUCUCAAAUGCUGGCCAGAAAUGCACAAGUUCUCAGAGACGGCACCUAUGUCCCGCCCAAGAAUCUGAAGCACUCGUACGGCUCGAUGGUAACGGUACGUGCUCUCAUGGCUGAGAUCACAGGCUGGGACUUGCUCAAAGCCGUUGCUGUUGCUUAUCACUACACCACCUUCCGGAAGCAAUUCUCAAAGAGUAGGGACAGGAGUGAAACUCCUGUCUUUGACUAUGCGAGUGUGAGAUACCGGCUACUCCCACUUCUUGCCAAGGCGACGGCACUUGUAGUUGUCGGGCAAGCUAUCAAGCGUGCAUAUGACGACUACACUGCAAACUACUUGAGGACCGACGAUACGUCGCAGUUGGAAGAUCUCCACCUCCAAACUGUUGGUGCCAAAGUAUACUCGACCGAAAUUACAGGGUACGGUGUUGAGACCUGCCGAGUUGCCUGUGGCGGCCAUGGUUAUAGUGCUCUCUCAGGGUUCGGCCGGAUGUACGCCAAUUCUAUCAACGCGGUGACAUAUGAGGGUGACAACUAUGUUGUGGCACAACAAGUACCUAGGGCCAUUUUGAAGCAUUUCAAAGCUGGAACCGAGUCAUCUCUCCCUUCGCUCUCAUACCUUUCCUUUCUGCGCAGCACCUCAACACCGCAGCCACUGCACAUAAAAUCGCCUUCAGGAUGGCUCGAGCGUGAUGCACAGAGGUUUAUACUUGAACAGCGUCUCGUUGUGCUUGUGCAGCAACACAUCGAAGACACGAAGGCGGGCCGGGAUACUAGUUAUGCAUGCCACGCGUUGACGAUGGCGCAUGGUGAUUUCGUCUAUUGGAAGGCUUUCUGGGAGGUUGUGGACAAUAUUCCGAGUGACGCCAGCUACAAGAAGCCGAUGACGGCGUUGGCACAACUGUUCUCUAUCUCCAUCAUGACCACGGCGCAUGGAGUGCUAUGUCCACCCAUUUCUCUGACGUCCGACCAACGCUCCUCAUUACGCUUGGCGUACGACGCAAUCAUUGUUGAGGUGGCAGAAAAGCACGCGCAGACUAUCAUCAAUGCGUACGGCUUCACAGAGUUUGAGCUUGACAGUGCGCUAGCGAGAAGCGACCAGUCCCCGUACGAGGCACUACUGGAGGGCGCCCGAAGGAGUGAGAUGAACCACAUGCAACACCUUUGGCCGAUGAUGGUGGACACUAGGCAGUUGUGGAAGCAGUUCCAGCGGAGCAGUGAGAAAGUGGGAGUCAAACCAAAACUGUAA